AUGCCUGAGGACCAAAAGAAAGAGAAGGCCAAGAAGCAAAGAAGAAGAAGGAGGUGCUGGAUGUGGCCAUAUUUACAAAGAAGAGAGGAGAAUGGUUAUUGCGACAAUUUAAUGAGAGAAUUGGCAAUUGAAACUCCAGGAAUGUACCGCAACUUUAUGGGAAUAACAGUGAACUUUUUUAAUGAAAUUGUCGAACGGGUCACGCUCUACAUUGGGAAGACCCUCACAUUUUGGAGAAGACCCAUUCUGCCUGGCCUGCGUGUUGCAAUAAUAAGUUUCCUUACAACUGGAGAUUCCUACAAGAGCCUGUCCUUCCAAUUCCGAGUAGCCCACAACACAAUCAGCAGUAUUGUUCCUGGAACUUGUAGGGCCAUAGUGGCUGCUUUUGGAGACGAGGUGAUUCAAUUGCCCACGACUCCAGAGGAAUGGAAGACGGUAGCCCGUGGGUUUCAAGAACGUUGGAAUUUCCCACACACCCUUGGAACAGUAGACUGGAAACGCACCAGAAUCAAGAACACACUACAACUGGGACUUGCAGUUGUGGACGCAGAAUACAAGUUCAUGUAUGUCGAUGUUGGUGCCAUAGGGUCCAAGUCUGAUGCUGGUGUAUAUGCAAAGACACAGCUCUGCCGAAUGUUUGACGGAAAUGAAUCUAAUCUGCCUGCCUUUAAAAGAUUGCCAAACGAAAGUGAAGACAAACCCCGAGUCGCCUAUUUCUUCAUUGGUUAUGACGCCUUCGCUCUGGAAAAGUAUAUGAUGAAGCCAUAA